GGAGGGGUUUAAAGGGUGGGCUUGUAGUCAUUGUCAGGCUGCGAGUAAGAGAGAGAGAGAGAGGUGCGCCCAGGCAGACCGACUGAAGAGCGUGUGUGUGCAAACUGGGAUGUGUAAAUGCACUCGGCGACUUAGCUGUUAAUACAGCCAGAAAGAGAGAGAGAGUGUGUGUGCGCACGAAAGCGAGAGAGGGCGAGAGAGAAGAAGUGAAAAGGGAAGAAAGAAGCAGAGAAGAAAAAAGGGAGGAUACAACAACUACAACUAUGCUGUGCUGCAUAAGAAGAACCAAACCGCAGGUGGAGAAGAACGAGGAUGCGGACCAGAAGAUUGAACAGGAUGGCACCACCAACAAACCCGAGGACAAGGCCCACAAGGCUGCCACCAAAAUACAGGCUAGCUUCCGCGGACACAUAACUAGGAAAAAGAUGAAAGACGGAGAGGAAGAGAAGGAGGAAGACAGUCCUGCAGCUGCAGAGGAGGCGACAGAGGGAGGAGAGGAGAAAAAGAAAGUGGAGGGAGAGGAGGCACCUGCUAAGGAGGAGGAAGCUGCAGGAGAGGAGGCCAAGAAGGAGGAGACGAGCCAUGCCAAAAGCCCAGUGGCAGAGAAGCCAUCUACUCCUGCAGCUGCUGCUGCUUCUCCUGUAGGAGCUGCCACGUCUCCUGUAGCGGCGGCGGCGGCACCAGCUGCUGCUGCUCCCUCUCCUGCGGCUGCCACAGCGCCCUCUGAGCCCCAGAAAGAGGAGCCAAAAGCAGAAGAGAAAGUCGAGGAGAAGCCCAAAGAGGUGGAGGCCCCAGUGGUGGCCGCCAAGAGUCCCACCACAACCACAGCUGAGGAGAAGAAGGAGGAGGAGCCAAGUGAAGAGAAAAAGGAGGAGGCCAGACAAGCCGAUGUGCCUGCUGCUGUCAGCCCUAUCGCUGAGAAGGAGGAGCCUAACCAAACAAACGAUAAACAAGAUGCUGCAGAGGAGUCUAAAGCAGAGGAGGCCGCCCCGGCAGAUGCAGUGGCGGAGGGCACCGAGUCCAAGGAUGACUAAGGCAAACCUUAAGAAAGCAGAAUUAAGAAUAUGAAGAAUAACACAAAAAACAAAAUCUAAAAAGGUUGCUCUUUGCCUUCCCAAUGUGAAGGCAGUCCGUUUCUAUUUGUUUGUCAUUUUUUGUGUGGCAAUGAUUUUCUCAUGUUGGGGGAGUUUCCAGCGUUACGUUUUUUGGCUCAAGCUAAUAUUAUGAGAAGGUGGAGAUGAGAAUGAUGUUGUUGAUAAUGAAAAAAUGAUUGUUAACUUGAUGGUGAUGUUGAUGAAGAGGAUCAGAUUUGAUUUUCACUAUCUAAUGUCAGUGAAUCAAUGGUAAAAUGAUUGCUCCCAACUGGAUAUUUACACAUUUCAAAUGCAUUGUGAAUGCACCAUACUUUAUUUGCAUUGCAAUGCACUUUCUUUAAACACACUUUGCAAAAAAGAUCUGUAAUUCUGCAAAUGCACGCACAAAAACACGCCGGUUUUAAAAUGCAACUCUAGUUUUCAAGACAGUACAAGUGAAUUGAGAACACAGCAAAUAGGUAAUGUACUGACACAUCAAAUGGAGAAUAGAAUGUAUUAUUAAAUGUGUGACAUUUCCAGUUGGGCAGCUUUAUCCUUUUUCCAAAAAACACAUAUAGGACAAGAAUAUUACUCACUCUCUAUUCUGCUUGAGUCAUUCAAGCUUGGUUUACACCCCUUUUUCAGACUCCCUUUCUACUCACAUUUACAGUAAAGGACCUGUUGCCAUUUCAAUGAUAUACGCAUAUAAUAAAAUAUAGGAGUCAGCUAUAGUACUGGUGUAACUGACUUUUACAUGACGAAUUGUGUUCUGCCAACCAAAAGUAAGAACAGUAGCAUGAACCAUCGAACCAGAUGCAUGAUGGGAACUCUCCCUCUGAGAGGAACUUUUUCGCAGUCACAGAAACUUAAGAGGUGUGGCAGCUUCUUUUUGAUGUCUUUGGUGUUGUUAUGACAGUUUAUAUGAAUUGGAAAAAUACUCUUGCACUGAUGUUACGCAAAAAAACGUAAAAAUAAAUAUCAAACAAAUGAGCAAACAAAAAUACUUUUCCCAUGUUCCAGUGAGUGCAAUGUCCAGUUUCAACCUCAUCAAGGAGUUCAAACUUGUGAGAAAAAAUAUGAAAAAAAACAAAUGGUUUCAAUGUCUGUUUUCAAAAUAAAGCAAAUGUGCCAAUUACCAUCAUAAA